GAGAAACAGCGAUUAAUUGAGUAGUCCGCGUUUUCUAUAUUCAAAGUCUUUGUUCAAUAAUCGUUGAAACAGUUAUCUACCGUUCGAGGAAUCGAACUGUUUUUACUCCGAGAAUGACAACAAACAACAAUGAGCCAAAUACAGCGAAAGACUCUGAAGCCAAAUAUUUACAGACGCUCGAAAAAGGUGGACUCGUAUCAGUAAACUAUGAGCAAAUUGAGCUUCCGGAGUGGUACGACGAUGUAAAGUAUCGCAGAGCGCAGGAAUUUUUCAAGCGGAACUUCUAUGCGAUGUUCCUAGGCAAACUCUGUGGUCUGUUGGCGAUCAUUGCGGUGCCCACGAUCCUUCGCGUGCUUGUACACACAAACCAGUCGUCGGAACCGAAAACGGCCUACCGGCGUUACAUCGCUACAAUCUUUCACACGCUCGAAUGGUAUUACGAGGACAUGGUACCGACAUCUAGAGCGUGGAAAUCUGUAACUUACGUGAGAAAAGCACACGCUGGAAUUAGUAGGCACGCUUCCAGCACAAAGCCCGGUAUGAUAAUUUCCCAAAAGGAUAUGGCAGUGACCCAGUUCGGUUUUAUUGGCUGCGUUAUAAUCAGCCAUCGAAAGCUUGGUGUGCAGUGUGACCGCGAGGAUUUGGAAGCUUUUGUGCACUUCUGGCGAGUAAUAGGACACAUGAUGGGAAUUGAAGACAGAUUUAAUGCUUGCACGGAUAGUUUCGAUACAACUGAACAGCGUAUGUUACUGAUCGCGAACGGCAUACUACGGCCAGCGCUCCUCAAUCAUACCGCCCAUUUCGUAGAGAUGGGUAAAGCACUGAUAGAGGGUCUCUGGUGCUUCAAUCCAUUCAUCGAGUUCGACAGCUUCCUUUUUCUGACAAUGCGCCUCAUCAAUAUUCCCGGUUACCAUUACUGGCCCAGUGAUACUGUUCAAUCGGCCCACGAUGCCGAACAAAGCCCCGUUCGAUACGAACAAAUCAAGGGCUAUGCUCGUUUUGUCCUGUUUUGCGUCUGCUACAUACAUUCCGUGCUACUGCCGAUAGCCAUCUUCCGAUGGUAUUUUAACUCGCAGAUGCUGUUGUCCCGCUUCCUGAUCACAUAUUUUCCGUUCCUAGCCUUUUUCAAAUUCGGCAUCCAGGAUUCGUAUGUUAGCAUUUUAAAAUGAACCAAUGCUACUAAAGAA